UCGCCAUUCCCUCCUCACUCACAGCUGCCAGCCACAGAGCCCCAUCCAAGAUGGCCCAGCACAGGGUGCAGGGUGGCGAUUUCCAGAACGAGCUCAUCUUCCUCUCGCAAAACAGAAAGGCCCCCAGAAGGACGCCCUCGCUGAUGGAGCUGAAGGAGGUCUUCCAGAACGCCGACGCGGUCUGCUUCGAUGUGGACAGCACCGUCAUCCGCGAAGAGGGCAUCGACGAGCUGGCCAAGUUCUGCGGCGUCGGAGACGCGGUGGCGGAAAUGACUCGCAGAGCUAUGGGUGGCUCCGUCACGUUCAAGGCAGCGUUAACGGCACGGCUGGGUCUCAUUCGCCCCUCCUAUGAACAGGUCCAGAAAUUAAUAUCGGAGCAUCCACCCCAACUAACACCAGGAAUAAGGGAGCUGGUCAACCGACUCCACCUGCGAGGCGUUCAGGUGUUCUUAAUCUCUGGGGGGUUCCAGAGCAUCGUCGAGCAUGUUGCUUCCCAGCUGAACAUCCCCGCAGCAAACGUGUUUGCCAACCGGUUGAAGUUCUACUUCAAUGGAGAAUACGCCGGCUUCGAUGAGACACAGCCCACAGCCGAGUCGGGCGGCAAAGGGCAAGUGAUUAGCUUCCUGAAGGAGCAGUAUCAGUUUAAGAAGGUGGUUAUGAUUGGCGACGGAGCGACAGACAUGGAAGCCUGUCCACCUGCGGACUGUUUCAUCGGCUUCGGAGGCAAUGUUGUGCGGAAACAAGUUAAAGAAAAGGCCAAAUGGUACAUCACUCAUUUUGACGAGCUACUGAAAGAACUAGAAGAACGAUAAAUUAUGAAUUGGACUUAAUUUUAUUAACACUUGUCAUAGGUAGAUACAUUAAUUAUGUAAUUAAACAUAUUCUUAUUGUUAUUUGCAAA